CUGAAGCGAGGGAGCCGGCUUCCGGAGCCUCGAGGCGGGAUCUAGGGGCCUCGUGGGGUUGCAGCCGAUGGUCUGAGGGCAUCGCAGACAUGGCUCACCUCAGGGGCUUCGCCAACCAGCACUCACGUGUGGACCCCGAGGAGCUCUUCACCAAGCUCGACCGUAUCGGCAAGGGCUCCUUUGGGGAGGUAUACAAGGGCAUCGACAACCGCACCAAGGAGGUGGUGGCCAUCAAGAUCAUCGACCUGGAGGAGGCCGAGGAUGAGAUCGAGGACAUCCAGCAGGAAAUCACUGUGCUCAGCCAGUGUGACAGUCCCUACAUCACCCGCUACUUCGGCUCCUACCUGAAGGGCACGAAGCUGUGGAUCAUCAUGGAGUAUCUGGGCGGAGGCUCCGCGUUGGACCUGCUGAAACCCGGGCCCCUGGAGGAGACGUACAUCGCCACCAUCCUGCGGGAGAUCCUGAAGGGCCUGGACUACUUGCACUCGGAGCGCAAGAUCCACCGAGACAUCAAAGCCGCCAACGUGCUGCUCUCAGAGCAGGGUGACGUGAAGCUGGCCGACUUUGGUGUGGCGGGGCAGCUCACAGACACACAGAUCAAGAGGAACACGUUUGUGGGCACCCCCUUCUGGAUGGCACCCGAGGUCAUCAAGCAGUCGGCCUACGACUUCAAGGCUGACAUCUGGUCGUUGGGCAUCACGGCCAUCGAGCUGGCCAAGGGCGAGCCUCCGAACUCUGACCUCCACCCCAUGCGUGUCUUGUUCCUGAUUCCCAAGAAUAGCCCGCCCACCCUGGAGGGCCACCACAGCAAGCCUUUCAAGGAGUUUGUGGAAGCCUGCCUCAACAAAGACCCCCGAUUCCGGCCCACUGCCAAGGAGCUGCUGAAGCACAAGUUCAUCACCCGCUACACCAAGAAGACCUCCUUCCUCACUGAGCUCAUUGACCGCUACAAGCGCUGGAAGUCGGAGGGGCACGGCGAGGAGUCUAGCUCCGAGGACUCCGACAUUGACGGAGACACUGAGGAUGGAGAGCAGGGCCCCCUCUGGACGUUCCCCCCCACCAUCCGGCCGAGCCCCCACAGCAAGGUGCACAAGGGCACAGCCCUGCACGGCUCCCAGAAGUCUGCGGAGCCCGCCAAGAGGCAGCCGAGGUCCCAGUGCCUGUCCACGCUGGUCCGGCCUGUCUUUGGAGAGCUCAAGGAGAAGCACAGGCAGAGCGGCGGAGGCGUGGGGGCGCUGGAGGAGCUCGAGAACGCCUUCAGCCUGGCCGAGGAGUCCUGCCCUGGCAUCUCGGACAAGCUGAUGGCGCACCUGGUGGAACGGGUGCAGAGGUUUUCCCACAACAGAAACCACCUGACGUCAUCCCGCUGAAGGCGCUGCUGCUUGAGAAGUGGGGAGAAGGGUCUUUGUGUGGAGCCCCCUGUGCUGUCGUGGCCACGUGGGCCUCACUGCCGGGUCACCGCCCCCCCACCCGCGCAGAGGGUCCCUCUUCCACGUCCCCUCUUGGCAGCGGAGCACCGACCUGCAACCACGUGGCACGAGGAGCAGAGACUGUCGGGGCAGCCCUGCCUCCUCCCCUGCCUGGGGCCCACCGAGGCCGCGCCGGGCCCAGGUUUGCUUCGUGUCGCA